UGGAACGCGCGUCGGUGCUCUUGCUCUCAUCGCUGGACCCGCUUUAUACAGGUCAUAACCAUGUCUUCUUCUGCACCCCCACCACAACCGCCACCCAGCAACCCCGAGAAACAACCAGAGUCGCAGUCAUCGGACUCGACAUCGGCAUCACCACAGGAUGGCACAAUGGACACUACCCCAGACCAACCACCCGCGGAAACUUGGAGUGACAUUCCAGAAGACAUAAUGACUCUUGGUACCGACGAAAUAUUGACAAGGAUACGGCUCAUUGAGAAUGAUAUCAAGGUAAUGAAAUCAGAAACGCUGAGGCUGCAGCACGAGCAGAGUGUAAUGAAAGAAAAGAUUCGUGAUAACGGAGAGAAGAUCAAACAGAAUAAGGUCUUACCGUACCUAGUGGGGAAUGUCGUCGAGAUUCUUGAUGUGGAUCCUGAAGUAGAGGAGGAUGGUGCAAAUCAAGAUUUAGAUUCUAUGCGGAAAGGAAAGUGUGCUGUUAUUAAAACUUCGACCCGGCAAACGGUUUUCCUUCCCCUUAUCGGCCUUGUUCCCCCCGAGAAACUAAAACCAAGCGACCUCGUGGGUGUGAACAAAGAUUCGUACCUCAUUCUUGAUACUCUUCCGGCAGAAUUCGACUCUCGUGUAAAGGCUAUGGAAGUAGAUGAGCGACCAACAGAGACUUACACAGAUAUCGGUGGUUUGGAGAAACAAAUCGAGGAGCUGGUUGAAGCCAUCGUACUUCCCAUGGAGCAAGCCGAUAAGUUUAAGACUCUUGGCAUCAAACCACCGAAGGGUUGCUUGAUGUAUGGACCACCCGGUACCGGAAAGACUCUGUUGGCUCGAGCCUGUGCAGCACAAACAAAGGCCUGCUAUUUGAAACUGGCUGGUCCUUCACUGGUACAAAUGUUUAUUGGUGAUGGUGCUAAGCUCGUACGCGAUGCAUUCGAGCUGGCGAAACAAAAGGCACCUGCAAUCAUCUUCAUCGACGAGCUGGAUGCCAUCGGCACGAAGCGUUUCGACUCAGAGAAGAGUGGUGACAGGGAGGUACAAAGAACCAUGCUGGAGCUGCUUAAUCAACUUGAUGGAUUCAGCAGUGAUACUCGUAUCAAGGUGAUCGCUGCUACAAAUCGAAUUGAUAUCCUUGAUCCGGCUCUGCUUCGUUCCGGCCGUUUAGAUCGCAAAAUCGAAUUCCCUCUGCCCAAUGAAACUGCCCGUGCCCGUAUUCUCGAAAUUCACUCCAGAAAGAUGUCUGUAUCGCCUGAUGUAAAUUAUGAAGAGCUGGCGCGAAGUACGGAUGAAUUCAACGGCGCCCAGCUGAAAGCCGUUUGCGUUGAAGCAGGUAUGGUAGCUUUGAGAGAAGGCGCAACGAAAUUGGGGCACGAACAUUUCCUUAGUGGCAUAGCGGAGGUGCAAAGCAAGAAGAAGAAUGACCUGAUGUACUUUGCAUAGUUUCUCGACCAGUGAUACAUAGAAGAGUUCUGCAAUGCCAGUGUCCCCGUUUUAAUCCUUUUCCU